AGUUAAAACCCUACAGUACUCAACGAAACUUACUCAACAAAACGACAUUGUGUUUUUUGAAUCAUCAGAAACAAAGUCCCACGGAACGGAACUCAACUGCCCGGAAAACGCCGCCGGAGCUCGUCGUCGGCCGUCAUAAACAGUGACCAACUCCGUCCAGGAUACGUACUGGAAUGAAGUUCACAAUAAACAUUGAAUGAGCUGAUUUGCCAAUUUGUAGAGAUCUUUACAAGCCAAGAAUGAGCUUGCUUUUGAGAAUAAGGCAUCGUUUACACAAUGGUUUGUAUAGACAACCUCUUUAUGAAAGCGUAGUAGGGUUUAAUGGUAGGAAAUUAAAUGUAUUUUCAAGAAACUUUGGUCAAGCGGCAAGAAAAGAGGAGGAAGAGGAUGUAGAGGAAGUGGAAAUUGAUCAAAGAAGCCUCCCAGCUGAUUUUGAUCCCGCAACAUUUGAUCCGACUCAGAAUCGCGGCCCUCCAUCCGAGAGAGUUUUCAGGCUUGUUGAUGAAGUGGCGUCUCUAACGCUAGCUGAAGCUGCGGAAUUGGGUCUCAUUAUGAUGAAGAAAAUGGGGAUAAAGGAGAUGCCAAAUGUUGGAUAUAUGAAAGCAGGGGCUGCAAAUUUUGCCGGAAUGGCAACAAAAGCCACAACAGCAACCAAAGAAGAGGUAAAACCAGAAAAAACUGUAUUUGAAUUGAAACUGUUGUCCUAUGAAGCAGCUUCCAAAAUUAAAGUCAUCAAGGAGGUUCGGGGCUUUACCGAUUUAGGUUUGAAGGAGGCUAAAGAUUUAGUAGAAAAAACACCUUCUAUUAUAAAGAAAGGUGUUUCAAAGGAAGAAGGGGAACAGAUAAUAGAGAAAUUGAAAGCACUUGGUGCAAAUGUUGUUAUGGAGUGAAGUAAUGUAUUGUGUUUCAUGGAGAGAUGUUUCUUCCAAUAUUCAAAACUUUUACAAGUUAUCUGAAAUUUUAGUAAAUUUUGUAUUGUUAGCUGCAAAUUUUUGUGACAUUACUUUUUACAAUAUCCUUUUUUUCUCUCUGGAUGUAAUAAAAGUAGUAUUGAUACUUCUGAUAUUGAUUUGCAUAAAAUUUCAGUGACAUUACUUUUUACAAGAAAA